AUGCCCAAGCACGCAAAGGCCGUCAAGGUCAAGGGCAAGCUCGCAAAAGCCCUCUCUGGCCAGCAGGCCGUCGCCGCCAAGCGCGCACACGAAGAACGCGCCCGUCAAGCCGAGGAGGCCCGGCAGAAGGCCGUCAAGGCCAAGAUCAUCGCCGGCGGAGCGGGUCCAGGUGGAGCAGGUCGCGCCGCGUCCCUCAAGAAGCGCAGGCUCAGCCACGAGGGUGCGGCGGCAGGCGACGCAGGAGCGGCGGCGGGCAAGGCCGGCCCAGGCGAGGGCGCGCAGCAGGCGGCGCGCGACAGCGUGCAGCCGUUCCGCCGGGGCGAGCGCGUCCUUCUCGUCGGCGAGGGCAACUUCUCGUUCGCCCACUCGCUCCUCCUCCCUCUCUCGACCGCCGCCGCCGCAGCAGCAGCAGCGGCGUCCUCCUCCUCCUCUACCGACAAGCCCGUCACCGCGCCCGUCCCGCUCGUCACGCCGUCCCUCCUGUGCUGCACCGCCUUCGACACUGAGGCGACCGCCGCUGAAAAGUACCCCGACCUGGCGACGCACGUCGACGCGCUCCGAGCUGCGGGCGCCACCGUCCUGUUCGGCAUCGACGCGACCAAGCUCGAAGAGUACAAGGACGUGCGCGAGUGCGGCGGGCUCGGCAAGGGCAAGGGCAAGGGCGCCGAGCGCGAGCUGCGCGGGCUCGACGAGGGCGCCGGGUUCGACAAGGUCGUGUUCAACUUUCCGCACAUCGGCCAGGGCGUCACCGACCAGAACCGCAACGUGCGCCUCAACCAGACGCUCCUCAUCGACUUUUACCGCUCGGCGGCGACCGUCCUCCGCCGCGGCACCUCUCGCGCUCCAGGUCUCUCCAAGGCGGCCAAGCGUGCGCUCGAGGCCGACAGCGCCGACCUCGGCGGCCUGCGCGACGACGACGACCUCGACCGCGACGACGUCGAGGACCUCCUCGUCGACUCGAACGGCGACCCGCUCGACGCGCCCGUCCUCCUCGAGCCGCCCCCGCCAACGACCCGCGGCACGAUCCUCCUCACGCUGCGCACCAACGCCCCGUACUCGCUGUGGCUCCCGACCCAGCUCGCGACCAAGGGCCCGCUCCUCCUCCCGUCGAUCCUGCCCGCCCACGCCCUCAAGGGCGGCCGCACCCAGCUCCAGCCCAACUACCGCACCGUGCGCAGCUGGGCGUUCGACCCGGCGCGGUGGGAGGGGUACGAGCACCGCCGCACGAUCGGGUUCGACGAGGCCAAGAGCAGCAGGAGCAACGACGACCUCGUCUUGACGGCGCGCGAGCGCAAGGGCAAGAAGCUCGGCGCCGCCGUCGGUGCCAUUCCGGGUGCGUCGAGCGGCGCCGGUGCAGGAGGAGGUGCGGGAGCUGGAGCGAGUGCGGCCAAGGUCGGCAAGGAGGACAAGGCGCCGAUUCGGACGUGGGAGUUCGAGCUCGUGCGCGCCGAGCCGGACGAGCCGGCGGGAGACAAGGGGUGGGGACAACGGGCGGCGUUCAAGAAGCGCAGGGCCGAGGAGGACCCGGACUUGAGCGAUUAGGUGGACGAGGUUGUCGGGCGAGGAGCGGGACGAGGAGGAGCCCUCGGCUCGUCAGCUUGCACUGCACGACUUUAUCUCCUCUC